AUGGGUUCUUAUUUAAAAGAGGCACAUAUUGCCCAAUUGGCGGUUAAGAGAGCCACGAUUCUGACCCAGAAAGUUGCCUUAGAGCACUUGAAGGGUGUCAGCAAAGAAGACAAGUCUCCUGUCACGAUUGGCGAUUUUGGAGCACAAGCAAUUAUCAUCAAUUCUGUCUUAAAGAACUUCCCUGGAGAUGAGGUUGUCGGUGAGGAAGAUUCCGAGCUGAUUAAGGAGAAAAACCUGGGUGAUGAUAUUCUUGCUCACAUCGAGUCCAUUCAGAAAGAAGAUUCAGCUCAUGACAACGAACUCGGAGUUCUGUCAGAUGUGAAGAGUAUUUGCGACACCAUUGACAAGGGACAGUCAAAAGGCGGCCGCAAGGGUCGGAUCUGGGCUCUCGAUCCAAUUGACGGUACCAAGGGUUUCCUCAGAGGCGACCAAUACGCAGUUUGUUUGGCAUUUAUGGUUGACGGAGUGGUCCAGGUUGGUGUCAUUGGGUGUCCUAAUCUACCGCAUGAUUUGGGCGAUCCAUCAUCGCAUGUUGGUGGACUAUUCACUGCUGUUCGUGGUGUUGGAUCGUACUUCCAAGACCUGAAGGACGAUCUGAUCUACCCGUUCACAAAUAGCACAAAGAUCCACGUCGACAACUCCCGGGCUCUUGAACAGGCCAGAGUGCUUGAAGGUGUCGAGAAGGGCCACUCUUCGCACGAGUUGCAAGCUUUGAUCAAAAAAGGUGUCAACAUACAGAGCAAGUCUGUGAAUUUGGAUUCUCAGGUGAAAUAUUGUGCUCUGGCCAAAGGAGACGCAGAGAUAUAUUUGAGGCUUCCAAAGGAUGUCAAAUACCGCGAGAAGAUUUGGGACCAUGCCGCUGGUUCGUUGCUUGUCCACGAAAGUGGGGGAAAGGUGUCUGAUAUUUACGGCAACGAGCUGGACUUUGGACACGGCCGUACAUUGAACAGUCAGGGAGUCAUCGCUUCCACCACCACUACUCACGACAAAAUCAUUGGAACCAUCAAGAGCAUCAUCGGAGAAAAGGGAGAGAAGCUGGAACAGUACUGUAAAUAG